CUACCAAAGAACUCUGUUCUGGACUCUACUCUACUCUGCAUGGAGACCAAAACCCCCGACGUCGAACUGGCCGUGCAGCCCCAAAUAGUCGGCUGGGAUGGGCCUGACGAUCCGGAGAAUCCCUUCAACUGGUCCAGAGCGAAAAAGGGCCGCCAAUUGGUGGUCAUGUCGAUUAACACGUUUCUUACUCCCCUCGCCUCUUCCAUGUUCGCGCCCGGCGUGGCAGACGUAUUGGCCGAAUUCCACUGCACAUCAACUCUGCUGGGCUCCUUUGUCGUCUCCAUCUUCCUGCUCGGGUACAUGGUCGGUCCCUUUGCCAUCGCCCCGCUGAGUGAGCUGUACGGCCGUCGCAUCCUGUACCAUGUGUGCAACGUGCUGUUCCUGGUGCUGACGGUUGCGUGUGCCCUGUCGCGCUCGCUGGGCCAGCUGUUCGCCUUUCGCUUCCUGGCAGGCAUGGCGGGCGUGUGUCCGUUGACCAUCGGUUCAGGGACUGUCGCCGACAUGGUUCCCAAGGAGAAACGCGCGGGCGUCAUGUCCAUCUGGGCGAUGGGACCCUUACUGGGUCCUGUGGUUGGGCCGGUCGCGGGGGGGUUUCUGGCCGAACGAGAGGGAUGGCGAUGGGUGUUUUGGGUGAUUGCCAUUGCAACAGGAGUAUUGGUGGUGGUCAGUCUCUUCGUUUAUAAUGAAACGUACGCCCCCCUGCUUCUCCAAGCCAAAGCCGCCCGUCUCCGCCGAGAAACAGGCGAUGCGUCACUACGCAGCGAACACGAUUCCGACCGGUCGGCCAAACAUGUGUUUUUCCUUGCCUUGACCCGUCCCGUCAAGCUGCUCUUCCGCUCCCCCAUCGUCAUCCUCAUGUCGCUCUACGCCGCCCUCACCUAUGGAUACAUGUACCUGGUCUUCACCACGCUGACGACCGUCUUCGAAACCAACUACGGCUUCUCCCAGGGUCUAGCGGGGCUGUCCUACCUCGGUUUCGGCCUCGGGUGUAUGCUCAGUCUGGUUGUCGUGGGGCGGAUCGCGAACCGCAUCGCCCGCGACCACUCGGCCAAGGGCUGUUUCACCCCCGAGUCGCGGCUCCCGCCCAUGAUCUUCGGCUGCUGGUUCAUCCCCAUCGGCCUAUUCUGGUACGGCUGGGCUGUCCAGGCGGACACGCACUGGAUCGUUCCUAUCCUGGGCACCGCGGUGUUUGGUAUCGGCAUGAUGUGCGUCUUUAUCCCGGCCAAUACCUAUCUUGUGGAUUCCUAUCUGCGGUACGCGGCAAGUGUCACCGCUGCGAAUACCGCGCUCCGUUCUUUACUUGGCGCCGUGCUUCCCCUGGCCGGUCCGGCCAUGUACGACGCUUUGGGCGUGGGAUGGGGGAAUUCCAUCCUGGCGUUCAUCUCGUUGGUGAUGUGUGCCGUGCCCUUGUUUUUCUGGAAGUACGGCAGGCGCAUUCGUACUAGUAAGAGAUUUCAACUGGCUUUAUAGUCGUCAGUCCGAGUACAUACUCGUACAAAGUACGAGCCUACAAAGUACGAGCCUACAGAGUACGAGUACUACCUAGGUAUACUCUAGGUACUAGUUCUAGAUAGAUAGAGUUGAUAGUACCAGAUAUGACUCAUCAUGAGUAUCCUAC